AAUAGCAGGAAUGGAUCUUGAGGAACCGAGAGUUGUCAUUCUCACUACACCUGUGCUGCCGCCUCCUGGACGGACGCGACUGCUUUGCAGCGACUGUACUAUAAGUGAACGGACAGCCUAUGAGCCCCACUCAAAGCGAGAGAACCACACACAAGGAGCGGGAUGGCGAGGAUACCAGCGCUGCACAUCCGCAUCCUUCUCGUGGGUUUCUCCCUUACUGGGUGCCUGGCACUCCGGGGGAGCAAAGGUGAGACGUCGCCUGACGAGGAGCGGGACAGGGAGAGCGACGCGGAGACGCCGUGCGAGGUGAAAACCGUCACCGUGUCUACCCUGCCCGUGCUCCGGGAGAACGAGUUCAGCUUCACCGGCGGAGCCUCCGGGAGCGUGGUCGGAGCUGCUGCUGCUGCUGCUGUAGCAGGUGGUGCUGGUGGAGGGGGAACCGGAGGAGGAGGUGGAGCGGGGGGAGGAGGAGGCGAAUCCCGGCUGCUGUUAUUCGUUCGAACAGACCUACCUGGCCGAAUUUCUGUAAUGGAUGAUCUGGACAACACGGCUCUUCCCUACUUCACGCUCGAAAUGUCAGGUACAGGAGAGGAGAUUUCCCAGGUGCACUGGAAGCAGCAGUGGUUGGAAAACGGCACGCUGUACUUCCACGUGUCUAUGACCGAGCCAGAACUCAUGGCACAGACGACACAGCCCACAGCUCGAGAGCCAGCUCAUGCACUGCAUGAACACAUGCAUCUCCUGCACAUCUCAGUUAUGGGGGGACUCAUUGCCCUUCUCCUUCUAAUUCUCCUCUUCACCCUUGUCCUGUAUACCCGUCACCGAUGGUGCAAGCGUCGCCGGAUCCCCCAAAAAAGUGCCAGCACAGAAGCCACCCAUGAGAUCCACUACAUCCCGUCCAUCCUGCUUGGUCCGCAGGGCCGUGACAGCUACCGGGGCUCUCGGGGCACUCACCAGCAUGGAAGCUCUGUCAUUGGGAUGCCCAUUCGCGAGACACCCAUUCUUGAUGAUUAUGACUGUGAUGAGGAGGAUGGAGUUGGACACUCACUUAACUCCACACCCAACCAGCUCCACAAUAAGUUCAAUGAUGGGAAGGUUCUCGAUGAAUAUGGAGUUAACGUUAGCAUUGGAGGACAUGCAGACAUUAUGCGCAAGGAUGACGAUAUCAAACACAACUUCGAUAAAACAGCUAUCGAAGCAAACACUGACUCGAUAGAGGAUUUGAUGCAGAGGUUCCAAGACAGCUUUCGUGUUCCCAAUACACCAACCAAUGUGUCUCAUUACCAGCAUGCCUUGCACAGCUCAUCGACAGGCCGACGGAGGGUCUCCAGCCACACCAGAGCUGGAGGUGUACAUGGUCCUCAAGGUGAAUCAAGCUCUGAGCCUGAAGAUGACAAUCAAAUGAAGUUUUACACAGAACAGAACAGAGGACGAAGGCGCAGCAAAGGCCCCUCGCAAAGUCCUCUGAAUAAGGUCACCCUGACACUGAUUACCAUCAGCACAUGUGUCAUUGCCAUUGUCUAUGCUACACAGGACUCCUGCCCCCUCACCGUCAAGGUUACUCUCCAUGUGCCAGAGCAUUUUGUUGCAGAUGGAAGUAGUUUUGUGGUGAGCAUGGGGAGCUUCCUCGAUGUCUCCAAUUGGCUAAAUCCAGCUAAGCUAACGCUUUACUAUCAGACCAAUUCGUCAACGCAGUGGGUCCAUGACUUCUGUGGCCAAAGGACCACCGAGCCCUGCGAACAGAUUUGUGACCAGGAUACAGGAGAAUGCAGCUGUCAUGAGGGUUAUUCUCCUGACCCUGUUCAUAAACACCUGUGUGUUCGCAGUGACUGGAGUCGCAAUGAAGGUCCUUGGCCAUAUGCUAACUUGGAGAAAGGUUAUGACCUAGUCACAGGAGAGCAAGCCCCAGAGAGAAUUUUCAGAUCAUUCUACAGUUUGGGCCAAGGGUUGUGGCUGCCAGUCAGCAAAAGCUUUGUGGUGCCACCAGUGGAGCUGUCAAUCAACCCUAUCGCCAGCUGUAAGACAGAUGUGUUGGUUACCGAAGAUCCAGGAGAGGUCAGGGAAGAGGCCUUGAUGUCCACGUACUUUGAGUCAGUACAGGACCUGUUGGCAUCUUUUGGGCCUGUCCGUGACUGCUCCAAAGAUAAUGGUGGCUGCAAAAAAAAUUUUAAGUGUGUAUCUGAUCGACAGAUGGACUCCUCCGGAUGCAUGUGUCCUGAGGGGCUGAGGCCAAUGAAGGAUGGCUCGGGUUGCUAUGACUACUCCAGAGGCGUUGACUGCACGGAUGGCUUCAAUGGAGGCUGUGAACAGCUGUGCCUCCAGCAGCUUGUACCCCUUGAAGAUGACCCAGCAUCCAACAAUGUUCUCAUGUUUUGCGGGUGCGUGCAGGAGUACAAGCUGGCAGGAGACAGGCGAUCCUGCCUCCUGCAGUCAGAGAACUGCGAGGGACCAAAAUGCCCGAGGCAGGAUGUCCACUUCAAUGACACUCUGUUUGGUGAGAUGCUGCAUGGAUACAACAACAAAACGCAGCAAGUCAACUUGGGACAGAUAUUCCAAAUGACCUUCCGGGACAACAACUAUAUUAAAGACUUUCCACAACUAGCUGAUGGUCUCAUGGUCAUCCCCUUGCCAGUCGAGGAACAGUGUCGGGGAAUCUUGUCAGAGCCAUUUCCCAACCUGCAGCUUCUAUCAGGUGAUGCCCAAUUCAGUGAAGCGGUAGGCUAUCCUGUGGUUCAACAGUGGAGGGUGCGGAGCAAUCUGUACAAAGUCAAACUCAGCUCUAUAACCUUAUCCACAGAAUUUUCUAAGGUGCUCAAGACGUUGUCAGGUGAGAGCACACGCAAGGAUUUCCUGGCUUUUCUCCAGCAGUACGGCAGCUAUUAUGUGUCUGAGGCCCUGUAUGGAUCUGAACUCAGCUGCAGCAUCUACUUUCCCAGCAAGAAGGCCCAGCAGCAGCUCUGGCUGCAGUACCAGAAAGAGGCAACAGACCAGGCAGUCGGAGGUGGAGGACGAAGGGAGCUUAAGUCUGUUCCCUUCAUCAACUACCUGUUGGCUCUGCAAAAGAGCCAGCUGUUGUCUGAUGACCUGGUGAGUGGCGUAGAGAUCCGUUGCGAAGAAAAGGGCAGCUGUCCCUCUGGCUGCCACCUAUGCCAUCAUCAGGGCAUGAUGGGAGGAGGGUCGGCGAGAAGUCGCAAUGGUAAUGGUAGGAGUGGUGGGCAGCCAUCUCCCAUCCCUGUCCUCCUUGAAGUCAGCAAGGUUGUGCCACUUUACAGCCUGAUUCAAGACAACGUCACCAAAGAGGCCUUCAAGAGCGCCACAAUGAGCUUAUACUGGUGUGCUGGAAAGGGCGAUGUCAUUGAUAACUGGUGUCGCUGUGACCUGAGCGCUUUCAACAAAGAUGGUCUGCCUAACUGCAGUCCCCUCAGGCAGCCAAUUUUGCGUCUAGCCCCUUACAUGGAGCCCUCAAGCACAACAGUGGCCCUGGAGUGGAUGGAUGUGGAGCCGCUGAUUGGCUGCAAAGUUUCUGACUACAUCAUUCAACAUAAACGUGUAGAGGAUCCCUCAGAAGCAGAAAUCUACACAGGUGAGGUUCUGAGCUUGAUGGAUGACGUGUUCUCUGGCUUGAGCUCAUCUUGUGUUGUUGCCGGGAAAAGGACCGCUGACCAUCCCCAGUCUAUGAUGUAUUCGGUUAUCUUCAAGUGCCUGGAACCUGACAGCCUCUACAAGUUUACCCUCGUCGCAGUGGAUAAUCGAGGCAGUCACACUGAGUCAACCUACGUCUCUGUACGCACAUCCUGUCCAGUGGUGGACGACAGUCGAGCUGAAGAAAUAGCCGACAGGGUGUACAACUUGUACAAUGGCUACACCAGUGGAAAGGAACAGCAGAUGGCCUACAAUAUGCUGAUGGAGAUUCCCCCUCCGCUGCUUUAUAGAGUCCAGCACCACUACAAUUCCCACUAUGAGAGGUUUGGGGACUUUGUCUGGCGUAGUGAGGAUGAGCUGGGCCCCAGAAAAGCUAACCUGAUACUUCGUAGGGUAGAGACGAUCAGCCUCUACUGCCGAUCCCUCCUUCGCAGCACCCACAUCCAGAGUCGCACAGACACAAUGGCAUUUGUCUACUGUCAGAGCGACGAGGGCGGACCCCCCAGCAACAUGUGGCACGGUUCCUUACAUGACAGACGUGCCAUGUGCAUGGAAAAGCUCAUUUCCUUACAGCGUAACACUUACAGUAACACCAAACUCCGGUGAGAGAGAAAUAGAGAAAUGAGCACACAUCUUUUUUUUCUGCCAAAUGACAUCAUUGAUUGAUGAACCUCAUUGGUAUGCUCUGCAGCAAGUGUCUCUCACAUGACUGGCACAUUUUUAAAAACCAGGAGAGCCUUCAAGAAAACCUCAGAAUUCACAGGACAUCAAUUUAAAGCUACCAAAAAAAAUUAUUUUUGUGUGGCAUACUUUUAUUAGAAAACAGAAGAUAUGGAAAAGUCACUGAAGCGGACAUGAUCUUCAGCUACAGUAUGCCAGUGAUUGUGCACAUCAGUGAGCAACUGUAGUAUAAACAUGUAAAAUUGACAGUCAGCCAUACAAAAGAAAAACAAACAAAAAAAGUGGUUGGCUUAAAUAUCUUGAAUGUAAUAAUAUUGUUCAUUUUUGGUGCUUUCCUUGGACACUGAAAAAGAAGAAGAAAAAAAAAAAAACGGAUAUAAUGAUUCUGUAACUUAUUUGCCUUUGCUACUUUCAUUAGGACAGAGAACCUUAAUUGUGUGAAAGCCAUGUAAACAUAACAUUUAUUUUUUAAUUUCACAAUAUUUUAGAAAAAUAAUGAUUUGCAUCGGGAAUUUCAAAGGACUAGGUGAGUAAGAACUUAAUGAUAUAAAAAUUUUAAUAGUUUUUUUUAUGGUUGCAGAAAAACAUUCUGAAGCCUAGGGAGAUUGUGCAAAUAUGGUUUAUUGGUAGAAUAUAAACAAGGCAUUCUUGGAUUUUUCUCAAGCUUUAAUUUACCUGCCGAAUUAUAAGAAACAUCUUAGUCAUUUUCCCAUUUCCUCUUUAAAUUUGUUUUAAAAUAAAACGUAUUUCGCAUACAAUGACUAUAAUAAAGGACGUUUUAUAGGGAUGUCCUAAUCAAGAUUUUUUGUUACUGAUACUGUCACGAAAAAUGUGGUCUCGGCUGACAGAGUCAAUAAGUAAAUUUUUUACUGCACAUUACUACAAUAAAGUUAUUACAAUGCUGUUUAUGUAUUUGAAGACUCUGAGGUUUGAAGUGCUUGAAAUUAUCUGCUAUUCUUAUCUUGGUAGCCACUGCUUCUGUAAUGCUGUGCCUAUAAAAGAAGUCCUAACCACCAUGAUAAACUGAAGUGUGUGCAUGAAAUGCCCCAUGCUUGAAAUCCCUACAUCAUCCAUCACUUUUCUGUAUUUGUUGCUUUAUGGCCUAAAUAAUGUGGACAAUAUCUAUUUCCAUAUAUGCUUUUCAGUAUCACAUUCACAAAUCUGCUGGCCGUGAAGCACACCCGUUUUUUGAUCCAUGAGGAAUCUAUCCAUAUGCCUUGAAGCUAGGCAGUGAAAUCGAGCAAACCUCAGGACUCCAAAUAUCUGCAGCAAAGCUAAUAGCAGCCACAUUAGAUAACUACCCUGCAGGUGAUUGUACAUUUUUAAAAGCAGCUUGAAUAGUGUUGUAUCAGCUAUAUGAUAUCUAGAAGGAAGGAUGUUUCAUGGCUUGAGCAACUGCAAAGGGUGACAAAAAACUAUAUUCUCCACUAUAGCAAUGGGCUGGUCAUCCUGAGUGACACAUUUGAUCACCAAUUCUGUAAUCCAUCUUGGCAUUUCACUGUUCAUUGGAAAUGUAUCUCUUCUUUUUAGAGUUGUCUCUAAAGUGUGCUGCUUGACCUUACUAAGGUUAAGAGUUAGCUAGAUGAACUUUGGCUAUGUAGCUCUUUAACCACCACCAGUUUGUUGACAGUUAGCUUCAGUUGACAGUUUGUUCCAUCCUACUAUUAUUUCGUACUUGUAAAAAAAAUACUAAAACUGCAAGGGUAUGAAAUGGCAAAAAGGAUGAAAUGAUCUGCACCCGUAAACACCAGUCGCAACAUUUUACAGCAGCUGACAACCUUACUGCUUUUAUGGCAAGGCUGACAUAAAACCUUGAGAGCAGGACAGCAAAAUGUAACAGAUGUGCAAUCAUAAACUUUCCAAAAUACCAUGAUCAAGAUCCUGAGUCAAUACUUGGGAUCAGAUUAAAACAUCCCUCAUGUUUAGUUUUUUUUAAGAAAUACACAUAAAUGUAAGCAAAACUGCAAGAUCUGUAAUAAACACAUUGGUGGCACAUCUAAAUUAAAUAUACGGAUAUACUGAUUAUCUUUGAAACAUCAAAUGUUUGUUAAUAUUGAAUAAUAACAUGUAGAACUCUAACACCAGUUCUGAAACAACAUAUCCAGGGAAGUUUGAAUGGUCCUGUACCAGGAGGUUGCAUAGAAUCAGUGAUUGUAUGGUUGACAUUGGUUGAUUUUUCUGUUAUAUGUCAUAUGACAUAUCUUCAAAGCCAUGAAUAUUCUUUAAAUGUAAACAAUGCCUUUUCCAAAAUUCUUAUUUAUUGUGAUAAUAAACUAUUAUAUUGUAAAAUGUCAGUUGUAUAUAUUUAAAUAUAACUGUAUCAUCAUGUGGCUCUGUCUUUUUCUGAAGAAUGUGGAGUAUUAAAAUUGUAAAGUAAAAGCAGACUUUUCUUCUUUCACUACAAUUGAAUGAUAACAUGUUUUCAUUUUAAAAGUUGGCCAUAAUUGAAUGGUUGUUGAGCAAACCAAUGUGAUCAUCACAAGAGGUAAAACAAAACGUUUUUCAGCAAACAAUAAAUUCUCAAAGCCU